AUGGCCCCAAGCGACAUAGAGGCCAGUCUCGAUGGAGACUCGAAGCUUGAACAUGUGGAGGGAGUCGAGAAUGCUAGCAGAGUAGACCCAGAACUUGAAAGGAGAAUUGUUCGGAAGAUUGACUGUCGGCUCCUUCCAACCACCGCAGUAAUAUACCUUCUAUGCUACCUCGACAGAUCGAACAUUGGAAACGCGAAAAUCCUGAAUUCGUCAACCAAUGAUACCCUAAUGGACAGCAACAACGUCUCGAACUACCAGUACACAAUCGCAAUGAUGGUUUUCCUCGUGGCCUAUUCCGUAUUUGAAGCGCCGAGCAAUCUGGCAUUGAAGAUCUUUCAACCGCACAGGUGGUUGGGGCUACUUGUCAUUGCCUUUGGCUGUUUCUGCACUGGAAUUGGGUUUACGCACGAUUUUGCAGGGUUAGCAACCCUCCGAUUUCUCUUGGGCGCUGCGGAGGCCGGUGCGUUUCCAGGCAUGAUAUAUUACUUCACAUUCUGGUACAAACCCGCGGAACGCGCCAGUCGAAUCGCGGUAUUUAUGUGCAGUGCCACACUGUCGGGCGCCUUUGGCGGUGCAAUCGCAUAUGGCGGCUGGCGAUGGCUUUUCCUGGUGGAAGGAGUUCCCACUAUUGCUGCUGGAUUGUUGGUGUUUCUCUUUCUGCCAAGCUAUCCGGAGAAGGUAGGGUGGCUCACGGAUGAGGAAAAGGAAGCCCAAGCCCUUCGUCUAGAAGCUAAUGGUUCCUCGGGCGAAGACAAACUCAACUGGAAGGACGCCAAGGAAACUCUCCUAUCAGCAAGACUUUAUAUCCACUACCUUACAUACCUAUCUAUAUCGGCCGGGGUUGCAUCCCUGUCCCUAUUUGCUCCGACAAUUAUUGCGGGACUAGGCUAUACGGAUAUCCAAGCACAGCUUUUCACCGUUCCUCCCUACGCUGUUGCUUACGUUGUGACUCUAGGACUUGCCUGGCUUUCAGACCGGCUGAAAUGCCGAGGAGCCAUUGCAUGUGGCUCCCAAAUUGCUGCUGCAGUGGCUUUCAUUAUCCAGGCCGAGGCAUACACUGCACGUUAUGCCUUCCUCGUCAUUGCUACGACCGGGACAUUUGGGGGACUACCCUCACUUAACGCCUGGGUAGGAGAUAACAUUCAUACUACCACAGCGCGAUCUAUAACAACAGCACUCAACAUUUCCUUCUCAGGCCCAGGGCAAAUCAUCGGAGUCUGGAUUUAUAGAGCCCAAGAUGCCCCGGCAUACCGAUUGGGCCAUGGCGUCAACGCCGGUAUGAGUUUUCUGGCUGCAAGUUUGGCUGUCGGCUUGACGCUUUACUAUCGGCGACAAAAUUUGAAGAUGGCAGGCACCAGUCAAACUCGGUGGGUGGCUUGA